CUUUAGAAUAGGUGAACCAAAUAGGACACGUAGAAAGGAUAAAGACGGAAUUAAACCGUAUCGGAUCACUUUAUGGCGGAAAUACUGACUGCGUGCUUAAUCAGUAGAAGUAUAACACGUCCUAUGACGUAACUUCCUUACAAUUCUGGUUCCAAUUCUCACGAGACAGUAAAUAUGGACGUCAGGGUUCUGUUCUUACUCGUACCAGUGGUGUACGGCGCAUGCCCAUCACCAUGGCAUCUGGAGUUUCAGAAUUCCUGCUACAUGAUCGUCAAAGAGGCGAAACACUGGGAGGAGGCAGAUCGAAACUGUGCGCUUCACCACCAGCAUGGCCACCUUGUCAAAAUACAAUCGGCUGAGGAGCAGACGUUCCUAACUAACUACAUCAAAGCUCACCAAGCUGAAUAUGCUGGGGAGCUUUGGACUGAUGGAACGGAUUUGGAGGUACAAGGUGAAUUCGUAUGGGACUAUUUCUAUGAACACAUGGUCUAUACAAACUGGAAAUCAGGCGAACCUAACAACCAGGGAGGACACGAACACUGUGUGGAGUACGGACGGAGCUACAACUACCAAUGGAACGACAUCCCGUGUGACAGAAACUACCAGUCGAUCUGUGAAUUUGAGAAGAUGACAUGAAUAACGGGCCCAUCAAAGACUAUUAAAUCAAUGUAGGCCUAGAUUCUCUUUGA